AUAAUGUCAAGGUGACAACAGCAAACAUGUAUCUUGCUUAUUCUGGUUAGAGUGACGACAACUCCGAAAAAUCUUGAAUCAACUUUCUGCAAAAUCAUGAACGACAGUAUACCAAGAACGCCGUCCAAGGUUAGGGCACGGCGUGAAAGUCUUCAACACAUACAGGAAAUUCCCGUACGGGACACGGGAGCUGGGGUAGGAUUCUCUCCCAUUGGCGGACGUACAGCACAGGUUACUCCCGAAUCCUUGAUCUACCAGGACUCGAGGAUUUCGGUAAUAGACAAACGCCGACUGUCCGAUCCUCCAGGGGAUAAUCGGCGAACUUCCGACACGUCUACCGGAAACAGUCGGAGAACAUCCAGUGCCGGUGGCAUUGUGUUACCAAAACCUCAAAUGACUGGUAACCGCGCAACCCCAUCAACACGCGUGGAGUUAUCGAAUUUCCUGUUAAAUCUGUGGAGAAGACAGGAAAUGUGUGACAUAGUGAUUCGGGUCGGAGGCAUGGAGUACAAGGCUCAUAAGUUAGCUCUGGCGGCCUACAGUGACAAGUUCACCAGCCAAUACUGCGAGCGACUCCCGACCUCUAUCUCCGAGGUGAACCUGUCAGCCUCCUCCAGGGAGGCAGUAGAGGAGGUUUUGUUGUACAUUUACACGUCCGAACUGAACCUUACGAUGGACAACAUUGACGCUGUGAUUGGCUGUUCUAGACAACUCGGCAUUCAUUCCGCUUUAAACCUCUGUAAACAAUUUUUGCUUGAUUUUACCCCGGAUAAUCUGUUCAAUAUGUGGUGGAUAGCAGACAAGCACGAUCUCUUGGACGUGUUGUCAAAUCUGGAGGCGGCUGUGUGCGAUCAUUUUGGCCAGUUGUACACGUCUGUAGGAUAUCUACGAGGGCGCUUAGACCAAAUUCGACAUUUUAUUUGUAAAGACAACCUUGGCAUCCGUGAUGAGCUUGACGUUUUCUUGGCCGUCGUGUCCUGGAUAGACUUCAAUAGACAGGAUCGACUUCGCCACGCCCAUGAUCUCCUUUCCUGUGUCCGACUCCUACAUAUCUCUCCGGAACAGUUGGCCACACAGGUGGAAGUGAUAGACUACCUGUUCCAGAUCCCCGCCUGUAAUGCUUUACUGUUAUCCGCGUACAGAUACCACGCCCUCCAUUACAGCGGAAGUGACGUAGCAAACUCCACCUCUGUUCCACCACGGAGAACUCCACACACAUCCACGGACCCGGAUCCUGCGUCAGGACGCAACUUUUGUCAGAACAACGCAUUUCCGACUCGUAUGUCAACGUCUAGUCCUGUGAAGGAUGGAUGCAGAGCGACUCCAAAGCCAAAUUCUCCAUCGAAGUCCCAGCAUUUGAAAUCUUACUAUUCGCUGGCCAGAAGUACGUCAAACAUACCUCUCGCUUCUCACCCUACCACACUGCUAGCAGUAGGAGGGGUGGACCCCUUCGACACCCAGGCGGAAAUAGCGUGUCGUAUGGUGGAGCAGUACAAUCCAUUGUCAAAUAGCUGGCACCACUUGACGACCCUACCGGAAACACGUCAUCACCUAGGCGUCGCGAUGUUGGAUGGCUUCCUGUUCGUUAUAGGAGGAUCAAUCCUGCUUAAAGAUGACAUUGAUAAUCUCGCAAAUCCUACUGAUGUCAACUUCCGAUACGAUCCAAUCAACAAUUUCUGGUCGAGAAUCGCCUCCCUGAGACAGCCCCGGAUGUACCUGAGUGUAUGUGUCCUAGAGGGCAUACUUUACGCCAUAGGCGGAAAUGACUCAUAUGGCAGGUCACUGAAUUCUGUAGAGUAUUACGAUCCUGAUUUGGACCAGUGGGGUUUUAUCGCGCCAAUGGCCUCACCCAAGAUAGGCGUGGCGGCGGCUGGAUACAGGGGCAAACUGUACGUUGUCGGGGGAUUUCAGGAAAUAACAGGUCAACGGGCUGUUCUCAACAACGUCGAGUGUUACGACCCACGGACAAACAGUUGGACUGCCAAGAACUCCCUUCCAGUACCGUGUUGCCAUGCCAACCUAGUAGAGGCCCGAGGGUCACUCUACCUUCUGGGAGGAUCCACUAUUCCCGUAGGUAGCUCAUCCAUUUGUUCCCUAUCCUCGGUCUACCGUUACUGUGACGACGAAGAUGUAUGGGAACUGGUCUCCAACAUGAGAAUCCCUAGACAUGACGCAGGGGCCGCAGUUAUCGAGUCGAGAAUUUACGUAAUCGGAGGAGUGAGUUCAGAUGAGGGAAGAUCUCUUAUGGACACCGAGUGUCUAGAUGUUGACCGCGACUUGAUGACCUGGGUAGAUGACCUCCAGCCCCUUGGUCACUCAGUCCUCGGUAUUGCGUGUUGCGCACUGGCUGGCGACGUAUCCGUUCACUAAAAUCUUCUCGUGCAACAUACAGAACGCAUGUAACAAAAUACAUAACCAAAAUUUCAUUUGAAACGGCACACUCCAUCUGUGUCCUUUUACAUGUAUCUAACUAGGCUUGAUGUCGGUAUAGUAAUUACAGUGCUGUCGCUUGAUCCGUUGUCUUAUUGAAACAAAAACGCCACGUAAGGUAAUAAGAAGUCUCAUUAAGGCAUGUCGACGUUCUGAUGAAAAGUUUACUUAUAAUUGUCGUCUAAUCAGGUACAUGAUCAAUGUAUUGGCAGAAUCAAGUGUCAUUGCAAUAAACUGGCAUAUUUCAUAUUGACCAGAGUGUAAGAUAUUUUAAGAAUGACCAUGUCUAGAGGCCACUCACGUUGACCUCAUCAAUUAUUUAUUGCUCAUUACUGUUAUUGCAUUUAAAUAUAUGUUGGAUUUACAUACGAUAAUAAAGAAUCGAAUCAAUUCCCAGAUUUUGUUUUAUUUUCACAUCCCCAAAACACAUUCACAAAUGAAAGACAUCGUUUAAGUUCCAUUGAGAUGAUGUAUGGCGCUACGUCUGACCAGUGCGUGUCACUGUAUUCUUCACACAAA